AUGAAGCAUUCAAACGCUGUAUUGAUUAUUAUUUCCACUCUUUUAACAGCAAGCAGUGCAGCACCUAUCAAGGAAGCUGUCUGCGCUGUUGAGGCCUCUUCUAAUUAUGACUGGAAUGAGCUCGAUGCUCGCUCUAUCGACUUGACCUCCAACUAUGACUUAGGCAGUCAGAAAGCACGCGCUGUUGAUGUUAGUUCCAAUUAUGAUGUGAACGACAAUCAAGCUCGCUCGGUUGAAGUGACCUCCAACUAUGACUGGAACAAUCAUGAAGAGCAAGCUGUGGAACUUAGUUCCAACUACGAUUGA